GGUUGCCUGUCAAAUAAGUAAAGCACAAACUCUCUCUCUCCAUCUCCACUCUCGAAACCUGUGCUCUCUCCUCAAUCUCUCCCCCCUCUCUCUCUGUCUCUCUCAAUCUCUCCCCCCCUCCCUCUCUCGCUCUCGCUCUUCAUUUCUUCAAAUCACACAAUGUUGAAACAAAGCCAUCACAGUGAGUGAGUGAAUCACCGAGUCAGACUCAUCAAUGGUGACGAUUCAAGCAGUUCCUGAGCUCUGUGUCCGUACAAACAACAAAUUGUUGAGUAGCAAGAGUAAUAACACCGAGAUUUGCGGUUACACUAGUGGAUUAACAGGUAGUCCUAGCGACUUUUUCGGAAAUGGUGGUAGUAGUUGUGUUGGGGUUUUGAAUGUGUACGGAAGGAGGAGGAGGUGUGGGAGGUGGAGAGUGAGGGCGGCGGCGAGGAGUGAUGUGAAUGUUCGGGUCAUCGAGAAGAGUAGUGGUAGUAGUGGUAGUGGUAGUGGUAAUGUGAAUGGAAAUCGAAGUGGACUCGUCGAUAUUCCGGUCUCGUGCUAUCAGCUUCUUGGUGUUCCUGAUCAAGCAGAGAAAGAUGAGAUCGUGAAGGCAGUCAUGCACUUGAAGAGCUCUGAGAUUGAUGAAGGGUACACAACAGAUGCUGUUGUAUCUCGCCAGAAUCUUUUGGUGGAUGUGAGAGACAAGCUACUUUUUGAGCCGGAAUAUGCUGGUAAUUUAAGAGCAAACAUUCUACCAAAGGCAUCUCUUCGAAUUCCAUGGGCAUGGUUGCCUGGAGCUCUUUGUCUUCUACAGGAGGUUGGAGAAGAGAAGCGUGUGCUAGAUAUUGGGCGUUCUGCCCUGAAUCAUGCAGAUUCUAAGCUUUAUACUCAUGAUUUGCUUCUGUCCAUGGCACUAGCAGAGUGUGCAAUUGCAAAAAUUAGUUUCGAGAAGAACAAGAUUUCUCAAGGAUUUGAAGCUCUUGCACGUGCUCAAUGUCUUCUUAGAAGUCACGUAUCAUUUGGGCAGAUGUCUUUGUUGUCACAGAUAGAAGAAUCUCUGGAAGAGCUGGCACCUGCAUGCACUUUGGAGAUAUUAGGAAUGCCUAACACACCUGAAAAUGCUGAGCGGCGACUAGGUGCCAAUGCAGCAUUGCGUGAAUUGCUUAGACAGGGUCUUGAUGUUGAGGCUACAUGUCAAGUUCAAGAUUGGCCAAGUUUCUUGUAUCAAGCCCUUCGUGUGCUAAUGGCUGCAGAAAUUGUUGAACUGCUUCCUUGGGAAAAAUUAGCAUCUAUUCGGAGAAACAGAAAGUCCAUAGAAUCACAAAAUCAGAGAAUUGUUAUUGAUUUCCAUUGUUUUUACUUGGCCCUGAUAGCUCAUAUUGCCGUUGGAUUUUCAACCCAGCAAAGAGAUUUGAUUAGCAAGGCGAAAGUGAUUUCCGAGAGCUUAAUAGCUUCAGAAGGCACUGACUUAAAAUUUGAAGAAUCUUUUUGCCUAUAUCUUCUUGGACAGGGUGAUGAGUCUGUGGCCGCUGAAAAGCUUCGUCAGAUUAAUCUGAAUUCAACUACUACUUCAAGAACUCUGAUAUCAGGAAAGGAAAGUAGGGAGGUGCCAAGUGCAAACCAAUCACUAGAAUCAUGGAUGAAAGAAAACGUUCUACUCUUGUUUCCAGACACAAGAGAUUGUUCUUCAUCUUUGGAAAACUAUUUUGCUGGUGAAAAGAAAGCUGGAAAGAAGCAAUAUAAAAGAGCUCAACCGAUCCCCUCUAGCAUAAACCUCAGACCACUUUCCCAUGGUACAUUUGAUCGAAAAACUUAUGAGCAGCCUGAUUCCAGUCCAAACUCCUCUCAACAUCUUGGAACUGCUGUAAAUCAGUUAUCCCCGUCAAAUUCACAAGCCCCUUCUAUUGCUGUUAAGGUUGGAAACAAUGAUAGUUUGCCAUCUGUGCAAUUGAAGAGAAAUUUGGGUGCACAAAAUUACAAUGUCUGGGCUAUAUGGUUUGGUGAACAUAGUCUUGGCGGGAAUUUGAUAGUUGUUACAGCUCUGGGAUUCAUAUUGUUUGUUACCUUUAAACUCUUGAGUGUCCGUUUGUGGAGGUCUAAAUUUACAUCUGGAUGGGCCUUGACGAAACCAAAGACGGAUGCUAGUUCUGCUGUCUGGAGUGAUUCUUCCUUACAGCAGAUCCGAGGACCUGCUUUCAAUAAGGAGAACAGUAUCAUCAGCAAGCUUAAACAGAUACUCUCAUCACAAAAGGUGCAGCUUAGGAGCUCAUCUGAAGCACGAGCAUCGAAAACCUCUUCCCUAGAUGACACGAGUACCCUGAAGACAGCAGUAUACAAAAGUCCAAUGCAUGUGGAAGAAGCUGAAAAUCUAGUUAAGCAAUGGCAAACUACUAAGGCCGAAGCUCUUGGCCCUAACCAUCAAGUUAGUGGCCUUUUUGAAGUUCUUGAUGAGGCAAUGCUCAUUCAGUGGCAAUCCUUGGCUGAUGAAGCACAAAAAAGAUCUUGUUUUUGGAGAUUUCUUUUGCUGCAAUUGUCUAUACUUAAGGCCGACAUUCUAUUAGAUGAGAUUGGCAAUGAGAUGGCAGAGAUAGAAGCUCUCCUGGAGGAAGCAGCUGAAUUGGUUGAUGCUAAGCAGCAGACAAAGAACCCUAACUAUUACAGCACAUACACUAUACGGUACCUUUUGAAGAGGCAAGAAGAUGGCUCGUGGCGAUUUUGUGAAGGCACUGUUCAAAUUGCGUGAUUUGCUACAAGGGUGACAUCUUUUAAUCUAAUUUUAGGUGUAUAUUUUAGCUCACACUGUGCAGAAAUUUGUUUACUGUUCUGACAGGUCGUACAUAUGCACUUGGGUACAACUAAUGUAGAAACCGGUGCAAAGGUAUUGAAACUGAAAAAAUAGUUCAAAAAAGUCUUGUGACUGAUGCUGAAUGUACCCGCAAUAGGUAGCCUAAGCAGGAUAAUAUAGUUCAAAUUUAAUUACUCCUGGUUACUGAAACUGCAAUUAUUUGUCAGUACAGAUGUGAUGUUUUGUAGGACAUUUGAUUUUAUUUAAGGUUGAAAGUUGAUGGACA